GUUCAAAAGGCUUGUCUGUGAUUAUAUAAAUAAGAUUUCUCCUCCCUCAUACGGUGCUGGAUAUCCUUUGAACUUGCACAUUCUGUUAAUGCCAGCCGCUAGGUCUUCCUCCCCUCUCAACCGCCGCUACUUGCAGGUGGGCUGCUCCAUUGUGUGGUGUUUACUAGCCGCGGGACCCAUCUUUGGGUUUGCAGCGUUAAAGCCUGUAUUGAUUGAACAGGGGGUCUACUAUGAGAAGUGCAACGUGGACGUAUCCCUGUCCUCACUGGUCACCCACGGUUCUUCUUCCUGUACUGAACAGGAUUUGGCCCUCAAUUUCAUGUUUACGCUGGCAGCAGUGGUCACCAACGUCACUGCCUUGCUUGUAGGGGCAGUUUUGGACCGGUACGGACCUCGUGUCUCUGGCAUCAUCGGUUCUGCGUUGUUAGCUAUGGCUUCGGCUUUGUUCAUUAACGGAAAGUCUUUUACUGCGAGUGAGAACGCUUUUAUCUCGCUUGUCGAUCCAUACUUAUGCGGUUACACAGUAUUAGCCCUUGGCGGUCCGUUCUGCUUCAUUUCCUCCUUCCACUUGGCCAACGCCUUUCCGCAAAAUCUGGGGUUGGUCUUGGCACUUCUUACCGGCGCAUUCGAUUCCUCCUCUGCGUUAUUUUUGGGGUAUAGAUUGGUUUACACGCACUUCAUUGAAGCUGACACUCAUUUAGAAAUCAGCCUUUCUGAUUUCUUCAAGUUCUAUUUGAUUGUUCCCCUUUUCAUCUUUGGAUGUCAGUUGUUCGUUAUGCCUCACGAAAGCUAUAAACUCGAAUCGGUUAAGAAAACAGCUGGUGAAACCACCUCCCUCUUGGUCUCUCUUUCGGAUGUGGAAGAACAAGCCAAACCAGACCCGUCCCGUCGUGCUUCCAUUGCUGUAUCGAUGGUGUCUUCGUCGCGCCCUGGGCGUUACGAACGCCGUUUCUCGACUAUUUCACAAUUGAACGACAAUGCGCACCAAGCUGAAAUCGACUACGAGGCUGAAACAUCACCUAGAAGAGGCGGGGUAUAUGGGAUCUUACACGGCAGUUCAAUCAAGGAGCAGUUAUCCAGUCUAUGGUUUGUCAUUAUGACCUUGUUCACGACGAUCCAAAUGUUGCGGAUCAAUUACUUUGUUGCUACUUUGAAGACGCAAGAAGAUUUUUUGUUUGAAGAGGAAACCGCACUCAAGCUUAACCAUUUCUUUGAUUUGGCGUUGCCGUUGGGUGGGUUGAUCAGCAUCCCUUUCAUCGGUUUGAUCUUGGACAAUUUGGCCACCGGCCCAGUCAUGCUAAUCAUUACAGUCGUAUCGGUCGUCAUCGGGGUGUUUGGGCUAUUGAACCAGUCUGUUGUCUAUCCUAUCUUGGGAAUGCUGCUCCUUGUGGUUUAUAGACCUUUCUACUACACCGUUGUGUCCGAUUUUGUGGCCAAGGUAUUUGGUCAUGAAAAUUUCGGGACUGUUUAUGGGACCAUUAUUUGUAUUUCUGGCUGUAUGAACUUGGUGCAGCCAUUGUUGGAUCGAUUAACACACGAAAAGUUUGGUAUGAACCCCACUCCUGUUAACGUGGGCCUCGUGAGCUUGACGGGUAUCCUUGGUACCUGGUUGCUACUUUUUAUUAAGCAACAGGAAAAUGGAGUCAAAAGAAGGCAUUUGGAAUUGGAGGCCGAGAAUGCCCUUGAGUUUGAUAUUCCUAGCUAGAGCUGUUUACAGGUUUUAGGCUUCUAUUGGAUAGUGGGCUUGGAUCUCAACGUAAUGCCAAUAAAGGGCUACAUUUACCAUCAGACUAUGGUAUCGUUAGCAUGACAAGUUUUUGUGCGUCUUAUAUCUCAACAUCUGUUACAUAUUUUUUGAUAACUCUGUUAGCCUGGACAGUUGUAUAUUUUAACUAUAUUGAAGUUAUCUGUAUAGGAUGGCUUCAAAAAAAAAACUCUGAAAGCGUACGAAUCUGGUCACUAACACAAAUUAACCCAUU